AAACUUUUUUCCAAUCAAUUCUUCCUUUUUUCCUCUCUGUUCUCUCGGCUUCUUCUCUUUUCAUGCUGUUUCGCAAAUCUCUCUCAGCUCUGUAUAAAGCUGUAACUGAUUUCUCAAUUCAGAAAGAUCUCUUUCUCUUGCUCGCUCGCUCGCUCGCUCUCUCUUUCUCCUUUGAGCGCUGUAAGGUGCUGAAGUUCAAGACUCGUAACUGAUUAUUCUUCUGCUGCAAAAUCAGAAGUGAAGAUGGCUAGUCGACUGAAGGAAGAUGAGAAAAAUGAACGAAUAAUUCGAGGUCUUCUCAAACUCACGCCGAAUCGGAGAUGUAUUAACUGUAACAGUUUGGGACCACAAUAUGUGUGCACAAAUUUCUGGACGUUUGUAUGCACUAGCUGUAGUGGAAUACACCGAGAAUUUACACAUCGAGUAAAAUCAAUUUCAAUGGCCAAAUUUACUGCACUAGAAGUUAGUGCACUUCAGGAAGGUGGAAAUCAGCGUGCAAAAGAAAUCUAUUUUAAAGAAUGGGAUCCACAACGUCAUUCUUUGCCUGAUAGCAGCAAUGUUGACAGGCUCCGGGAUUUCAUCAAGCAUGUUUAUGUGGAUAGAAGAUUCAGUGGUGAAAAGACCAAUGAUAAACCUCCAAGAGCCAAGGGUGACAAGGAUGAUUUCUAUGAAAGCAAGAGGACAGAGACGUAUCAAGGGGGACCUAAAAGCCCUCCUUAUGAGGAUCGUUACAGUGACAGGUCUAGUCCUGGUGGAAGAAGUCCGGGAUAUGAUCAAGAAAAUAGGCAAUACGGUGGUGAUUACAAGACAAGUCCUGGUCGUCCUCCUAUAAUCAAUGAUUGGCGUCGAGAAGAAAGAUUUGGAGAUGGACGGAAAUAUGAAGAUAAUAAAAUAUCCGAUGGAAAUCAUAAGUGGGAAGGCCAUUCUCCUGAUCGAACCAAGGAUUCAGGUUCUUCCAGCCCACCCAUUGUCCGACCUGUUAGAGAGAUCUUGGGAGAAAAUGUAGUACCUCUUCGAAUAAGUGAACCACCCAAAACAAACAGUGGUCUGGCUGCUAAUGGCUCAACACUCACGCAGAGAACUGCAUCUUCCAGUAGCUUAGCAUCUAGCCAUGGAACCCCAGUAGAAGUUAAGCCCGAGACUCUGAAGAGCCUUAUUGAUUUUGAUGAUGAUCCUGAACCAUCUGUUGCUCCAGCAAUUCCUCAAGCCCAUCAGACUGCUGUGGCUGAACUUGGGAUGCCUGCAAAUUCCAAUGAUAACAAUUGGGCAUCUUUUGAUUUUGCUCCUGAGGCAAAAACACCUCAUGGUCCUUCAAACGUUAAUCCACUUGAAUCUAUGCUUACUCAAUUGACAGGACCAGUAUCUUUACCUUCUCAAGUUUCCCAAGCCCAAGGAUCUGUGACGGGAUCAACUCUUGCUGCUACUGCUGCUGGAGGUACAAUUGCUAGCGGCUUCUCAACAUUCCCACCCAGUGGUGCUUCAGUAACAUCUUCCGGAUUGAUAACAGCUUCAACUCUGAAUAAUGCUGGACAGUGGGCUAGUUUGCAGUAUCAGCAACAGCAACCUUUGUUUGCCGCAGCUGCUAGUCAGCCUUCUAUUCAACAAGCUACACCACCAGUCGGUGGAGCUUUGAAUAAUCAGCCCUGGACUAUACCCUCGGUACCAUCAGUACAAGGGCAUCAUCCAAACACAGUAAUGCCCCAUGCGUCGCACCUUGUCCCAAAGUCUGCCAAUGAGGCUAAAUCCAGUGUUGUUUUACAAUCGUCUACAGUAGACAUGAAGCCAAGUGGAAGAAGUGAACUUCCGGAGGAUCUAUUCACAGUUAAAUAUUCAUCCUUGCCUGCUCCAGUCCCAGGUUGGCAAAUGGGUCUACCACCUAGCAUGGGUAUUUCAAUUCCAUACAAUAAUGUGGCGCCCAUUCCAAGUUUUCCACAGGCAUCAAAAUCAAAAAAUCCAUUUGAUGUCCAUAACGAACCUACUCCAGUUCAAGCCCCAACAUUUCCUUCCAUGUCAUCUCUGCAAGGUGUUCUGCCAAUACAUUCAGCUACAAUGCACUCUUCAAACAUGGGUAAUCCAUCUCUUGCCUGGAAUCCGUCCUCAUCAUCAUAUGCAUCAGUGCCGCCUCCUCAAGCACAAACCCUUGCACCCGCAAUUGGACCAGGGGCAUACAUGGGACAACAAAUGGUCUCUAACAUGCCAAUGCCAAGGCAUCAAGGAUUUGGGAAUUUUACUACUGAGGGAACUGCUUUUGGCUUCUCAAAUUCAGAUCAGCAGCUGAGUGGUAAUAGGUUGUCAACUGCUGUUACCCCAAACAACUUCCAGGCAGGAGGAAACCCUUUCGGAUGAUCUUAAGUUUUUCUCUUCUUGCACCACCCUUUUUUAGUCAUGCAUCAAUGUUUUGCACCCUGUACAAAUAUAGUUGAAGUUUCUGUCGUUUGUCGAUCGAAAUGAAACACAUGGAGAGAUUUAUGGUCGGUCGCCACACGCCCGUGGUUCGAAUUAAAAUAUUUGCGCUUGGCCUUGUAAAUUUGUUUUUUUGUUACAGGAAUGAAGGCAAAGUCUGCCCCUGGAGAUAAAGGUGCUCCUAAUAUUAUUUUUCAUAUUUUCUUGUAUUAUUUUGUAAUCACAUAAUUUUUGUAAGGUCGUUCUAUUCGUUGAGGUACGUGAAAUCUCCCUGUUAAAUAAUUUUCAAGUUUGAGUUCUAUGCCUCUCCGUUUAUUGAUUUUUCUUA